AUGGUAGCUAAGCACAUCACUGAAAGCUAUGGAGAUAACAACAAGAAGAAAGAGCCCCCAGAUAUGGUAUUCGAGUUGAGGCGGAACUUGACGCAGGCCUCGCCCCCACAACCAGCCCCGCCCCUCGGUCGGCCCCGCCACGCCCCUCGCACGCCACGCCCCCUCGCUCGCUCCCGUUUCCAUGGCGACGCGGCGCCAGGCCUGGGCAGCCCAGCCACCGAGUGGGCGGGCGGCGGCGGCGGCAGCGGCUACAUGAGCGCCGGGGUGGCGGCGGCCGGGCGGCGGCCCCCCAGCUCGGGGCUCCCGGGCUCCCGGGACGCAUUGCGCCCGCGCCCCCGCCCGCCCGCAGUCCUCCAGCACCCCGGACAGCACGGCGCGCAGGCUGGGCACAGCGAGGCGCAGAAGCGGAUCCUGGACCUGGAGAAGAGUCUGCAGUUCCUGCAGCAGCAGCACGCCGAGAUGCUGGUCAAGCUCCACGAGGAGAUCGAGUACCUCAAGCGGGAGAACAAGGAUCUCCAUUACAAGCUAAUAAUGAAUCAGAAGCCAAAGAUAGCCAACUCUCAAGGCAAGGCCAGGACCCAGCUCAGCUUCUCCAAGAAGCAAGACUCGAAAGCUGACGUUCCCCAGAAGAUGGACCUGGAAGAGGAGAUCCCAGCUGCUGCCCUGUUUCACAACAGCAAGCCGGACAAAGCCGCAGGGAUGCAGGGGCCGGCCAAACAUGAAGAAGUGGAGACCUCCGGUGCAGUGGCCGCCUCGGCGGCAGGCAACCAGCACAGGGGCAAGCAGCCCCCUGCGAUGGGCCUGCCCCCGUACCUGCGCAAGCCCACCACGCUUCAGCAGUGUGAGGUGGUCAUCCGCCGGCUGUGGAAUGCCAACCUCCUGCAGGCCCAAGAGUUGCAGCACCUCAAGGCCCUCCUGGAAGGGAAUCAGAGGCCCAAGGCUACCCCCGAGGAGGCUGGGCCCAGCUCUCCCAAGGACCAGGAGGCCCUUCACCCGGGAGCCACGCAGCUCCCUAAGGUCCCCACCAAGGGCGUCCCCAAGAAAUGCCUGAUUCUGAGCCCGAUGCCGGUGGCGGAGCGCUCCAUCCUGCCUGCGCUGAAGCAGACCCUGAAGAGCAGCUUCACCGAGCGGCAGAAACGACUGCAGGCGGUGAAGAGCCGGCGGCUGCACCGCUCUGCGCUCUGAGGUGAGCAGCGCCUGCCCGUCUGCGCAGCGGGGUCGGCCGGGCCCGUGACCCCCCGCUGGAGACGCCCACCUCUCCAGACAGCACUUAGGCCAAGCGAAAUUCCAGACAAAUAAAACUCGUGGCAGAUAAAGUA